CAGCGAGGGCGCGCGCGCGGCGGGAGCCAUGGCGGCCGUGCCCCCGGACUCCUGGCAACCGCCCACCGUCUCCUUGGAGACCAGCAUGGGGACCGUUGUGCUGGAGCUGUACUGGAAACACGCCCCGAAGACCUGCAAGAACUUCGCCGAGCUGGCCCGGCGCGGCUACUACAACGGCACCAAGUUUCACAGGAUCAUCAAAGACUUCAUGGUUCAGGGGGGAGAUCCGACGGGGACAGGCCGAGGAGGGGCCUCCAUCUACGGCAAACAGUUUGAAGACGAACUCCACCCGGAGCUGAAAUUCACAGGAGCCGGAAUCUUGGCCAUGGCCAACGCGGGGCCGGACACAAAUGGCAGCCAGUUCUUCGUGACCCUGGCCCCGACCCAGUGGCUGGACGGGAAGCACACCAUCUUUGGGCGGGUGUGCCAGGGCAUCGGGAUGGUGAAUCGAGUGGGAAUGGUGGAGACGAAUGCCCAGGAUCGGCCAGUCGACGAUGUGAAGAUCAUCAAGGCGUACCCGUCCGGUUAAGAGGCGGGGCCCCGGGGACCGCGGCCCGGGCCUGCUCCAGGAUUUGGUCCCGUUUCCCUCUGGCGCUGCCCGGCCCGCCCCAGAUUGCUCUCUUGGGUUCAGUGGAAGAGGCCUGCAGACUCCGAAUCUCCUCUCUGCCCUCAGUAGAGUUCAUCUCAAGGCUUGACUUUGGACUGCAGAAUGUCGAGCCGACGGAGGCUUGGGUUUUCUGGGUGCGUUAGAGAAGGAACCAAAAUCGAUGGCUGCUUCUUCGUCUUCUUCCAGGACAAACAUGGGAGGGAAGGAGGGAGAGAAGGGGAGAGAGAGAGAGAGAGAGAUCUCGAGAGUGUGUAUUCGUGUGUGUGAGUUUGCACACAGAGUCACACAGUAGGCAAUGUAAAGUGUCCCUCAGCCUUGCUGACCCUUCCAGAAAGAAAUGGAACCAGAAUGAAGGUUCGUGGGGUGCACUAUUUGUCACUCCCCAGAAAACCCAGCCAUUUUCCUGCUGGAAAGAAUGGCUCAUAUCCACCCUGAUUGUCCAACCUUUGUAGACUGGCUGCAUAAGGACUCCAGGUUCCUUGUGUUUGCCAGCUUUCUUCUUUUCCCCCUUCCCCUCCCCUCCCUAAUCUCACAAAUACUCUCUCUCUCGCUCUUAUCCUCCCUCUGAUGCAUUCUCUCUCUGGCCACAUAUCUCAGAGGUUGCCUCUAAAUCAGGCUGUUUCCUCUCCCCAGAGGAUCCCAGCCAGAGCCAAGCCACCUUGAACGCUUGCCAAAUGGAAGAGAUUUCCAGGAGAGAGGGAUAGGCUUCUAAGAGGGUGUCGAAUGGGGACAGUCCUCAAGCGUCCUUUGUUUUGGAUGGAAGGAAGCAGGAGAGCUGCUUUCUUAGUUUGUUUCCCAGGAAAGAGCUGGGAUCUUCCGAGUGCACAAGAACUGACCACAUUCUCCCUUUUUUAUGUUGCCAACUUGUACUUCCCAAGCGCUUAGUACAGUGCUCUGCACACAGUAAGCGCUCAAUAAAGACGAUUGAUUGAUUUUUAGAGAACAGGGAGGUCUCAAGAGUGGUAAAGGCAAACAAACACCCCGAUUGCUUCCUAGAAACCCUAGUAGAACCUUCUUCUUACUUGAGUUUUGCCUCUUUUUUUUCAUUCCCUGGUUGUUUUGUGGAAAUUCUCAUCCUUAUUUGGUACCUUUUUAAAAAAAGCAUUUAAAAUAAAGUUCCUGUAACGGAAA